AAAGCGCAGCGCCUUUUCCGCCGCCUUCUCCCAGGCGCAAAGCCCGGCUCGAGGAUAUUGGUCUUAAAAGGGAACCUCAAACCACGCUUCCUGCUUUCUCUCUUUAAUUCCUCGCCUGAAAUCUGUCCGGGCAAAAUGUUCAGGUGCGGCCUGGCCUGCUGGAGGUGCAGAUGGAUCCUGCCCCUUCUCUUGGGGAUAGCCAUCAUCUUUGGCAUCAUUGCCUUGGCUGGCAAGGGGUGGCUGGAGUCGGCCGAAGCCCCCUACGUGCGUAAAGCCUGGUUGUGGUGGGACUGUUACAAAAACAAGCCCGACGAUGUGAACUGGCUCUGCAAUUCUCUCAUGGACUACAGUUGGGGCAGAGCUGCUGCUGCUACAUAUCUUGUCGGUUUUGUCAUCCUCUGCAUCUGUUUCUGCUUAGCAGUCAUAGCAUUUUCCAUUGAUAUAUUGCGGUUUAACUUUGUUCGAGGAAUUGGUGGUUUGCUGUUCGUUGUUGCUGCUUUCCAGAUCUUAGGCUUGGUCAUCUACCCAGUGAAAUACACCGAAGAUAUUAGUUUGUCGGGAAGCAACAUGUUCAGCUGGGCUUAUGGUUUUGGUUGGGCAAGUACAGUGAUUGUGAUAGGUUGUGCCUUCUUUUUCUGCUGUCUUCCCAAUUGGGAAGAUGAAGUCCUGGGUAACAUAAAACCCUAUAGGCAUGAUGGCAUUUAACCAGUUUGAUGUGGACUUUAUAGAAGAUACUUUUAAGAAAUAAAGCAAUAUUGUUUCUGACAUAGAUUUAUUUGUUCGUUUGUUUGAAUAACAGUUUAUUUUUAGACAUUCCCGUUUUCAGACUUACUUUAUUAAAAAAAGAGAUUGCAUUCUGAAUUUUGUUAACUAAUAAUAAUUCCUUUCAGGAAUUAAUUGUUUUUGGUAAAGGACAGAAGCUUUGGUGAGGUGAUUUAUUCUAAGAUAAUAUUUUACUGAAUAAAUAUGUAAGGGCUUUUUUAAAACUGUCAAACAAUUUUUGUUUUUAGCCUGUGGUUCAAAAUCCUUAUCCAAAUAUGUAUUAAUAAAAGAAUUUUUGAAAAUAUAGUUAUACAUUCAGUAUACAAUCUUCUAAGCAUUAGAUUCUGUUAAUAUUAUUUUACUGGCAUUUCUGUUAUAGUAAUGCUUCAUAGCUUACUUGAUACUAAAUGAAUUAACACUAUAGUAUUCUGUGUGUGCAGGUUUCCCGUGUUAAAGAAUUUAUGUGACAGCUUCCCUUCCCCCCAUUAUUGGAUGCUUCUAGACAAGGUUAGGUCUGCUCCAUUCAGAUAAUUAGGGUAGAGAAAUUAGCUGUUUUGUGGUUUUUCUGAUCCUCCACUCUCAUUAAAGAAAUCUCUUGAGAGAGAAUGCAUAAAUGCCACUGGUAGUAAUGCCCACAAUUUUCCAUCUGAAUUUACCUGCAUACUUCUUAACAUUUAUAUAUUGAAUAUGUCUCAUAAAUUUAAAUUAGGGAGAAGGUAAAACUUUCGAGUUAUACUUUUCAAUUUCCUUUCUCCUCAAUAUCUGACAACUUUAUUCUCAGUAUAUAGAUUUAAAGCAAAAAAAACAAACAAACCCCAAAACCAAAUAACUAUUAGAUGGCAAAUUUAUUAGGCAAAGAACCAUAGCUGGUUUAUUGGAUAGUUGCCGUUAGAAAGUGCUUUACUGCUGCCGAUCUUCUCCUCCCAUUUUAUCAUGACUACACCCCAUAUGCGUAUUUUGCAUUCAAAUGGCAUUGAAUCAAAGGAUGGAUAAAGAUAGCGCCAUGUAUGGUUGAUUUUUCAAGGUUGUUAAACUUUUGGAUAAGGUUCUGCAGGAUUAGUUACUUGGGAGUGAAAUAAUAGUAGUAGACUUGCCUUUCCAAAUUUAAGCAUAUAUACAGCAUAGCUCACAGAUAGGCAGUGUGAUGUCUAUGGGUGCAGAGAACCUUAGGACGACUCCAGUGGGGCUAGUCAGGCUUCUACAGCAUUGGACUUUAUUUUUUUAACUAAAAUAUAUGGAAUGCUUGCAUGCUGUAAAACAAAAUGCCAGUCCGUGACGUAUUUAUUUACAAGAAUACCUAUGGAUCUCACAUAGAAUCCCCAGUGUUCCAAAAUAAAAGUGGUACUUGGGUGUAGGUUUAGCAAGAGAAAGACAAUGAAAAAUUGCAGCAGUGCAAAGCAUUUGUGAAAUGGGUUAGGGCAGGGGUCAGCAACCUGCAGCUCUGGAGCCGCAUGUGGCUCUUUCACUCCUCUGCUGCAGCUCCCUGUCACUCAAAAUAUGCGUCACAAGCUCCAAUGUGCGACACCCGCCGGCACACGAUUUGUUGAGCUUUUUAACCCCCGGUAGGCCAACCAUGGAUAAAUCCAAGAAAAAAGAAGUUUCAGAAGAAAACAGAACAUUUAAUUCAACUACAUAUGGUAGUUUUGUGGCUGCUCAAGAAACAGGCACGGGAAGGAUUUUGUGGCUCCCGGUGUUUUCUUUUCUAUGGGAAACAGGUCCAAAUGACUCUUUGAGUGUUUAAGGUCACAGACCCCUGUGUUAGGGAGUUAGGGGAAAUAAUCAUGUCACAUUGCCUUUUUAAAAAAAAUUUCUGUGAGUUGCUGCCUAGUUGUCAACACACACUGUGGUAGCCAUUGUGUAAACAGAUAUGGCUUUGGCAGUCAGAAUAUCCAGAUUCCUACAGUACACAUUCAGAAUCCCAACACUAUGGAUGUUUAGUCAACAACAGGACACAGACUUCAGUCAUUCUUAAUCUUAAAUAAACAUAGAGAAGAUUGCAGAGAAUUUAAUAUCAUUAAUCUCAAUAGGAAAAUUAAAUAAUCACCAAAAAUAUUGGAUAGAAUCUGUGACUGGAAUAUGUGAAAACUUUAAUUUACAUUAAGAUAUUUUAAUAUCAUUAAAUCCAUUGUUAACCUGACAGACCUCUGAAUGUACGUUACUUUAAAAAAAAAAAGUUUAUAUACCAUAUAUUUUGUAUCUUUUGGUAGAAGCUUAUUUUGUAUUUGCAGAAAUAUUGUAUAUUCUAAUGUAUAAUUUCAGAUAUGACUGUUUUUGUAUGUUUACAAUUAUUCACAAAGGUUAUCCGCACACUACUGCAUGAAUUAAUUAAUAAAAGUUGCUUAAGGUACAGAAGAAAUUUUCAUGUGAAUCCA